AAAUUGUUGGAUUGUGGGAUGAAACACAAAAACAGAAUAAAGAAAAGAAAGCAGAGACUUGGCUUUUAAGUCAAAGUUCGGUAACAACAUUUUAGUUGCUCAUCUUCUUCCAUUUUCGAUCUUCACGUACAAUAUUCAUACAAAUAUAAAGAUCAGAUCUUUACCACUCAAACAUCAAGAUUUUUAAUCUACGAGGUUCCUUUCACAAAAUAAUCUCGACCCACAACAAUCUUUUUUGCGAAUUUGAUAGUGUUGGUACAGAUGGAGAAAGUGAGAAGCAUGUUGAAGCCGAAAGUAGAGCCACAAAAGCAGUUGAGAGAGUGGCAGCGGCGGCUCCGUAGAGAGUGUCUUAAUGUUGAUCGCCAAAUUCGAGAUAUUCAGAGAGAAGAGAAAAAUGUGCAGAAAGCGAUUAAGGAAGCUGCGAAGAGAAAUGAUAUGGGGUCUGCUAAGUCACUUGCGAAAGAGAUUAUUCGAUCUAGAAAAACUGUGAAUCGCCUUUAUGAAAACAAGGCUCAACUAAAUUCAAUAUCAAUGCACCUUGGAGAAAGUGUUGCCAUUGCACGUACAGUGGGACAUUUGUCCAAGAGCGCUGAAGUUAUGAAAAUUGUCAAUAACCUCAUGAAGGCCCCUGAAGUGGCUGUCACUAUGCAAGAAUUUAGCAAAGAAAUGACAAAGGCUGGCGUAAUAGAAGAAAUGGUGAAUGAUUCUCUCGAUUCUGCACUUGAUUCAGAGGAUAUUGAAGAGGAGACUGAAGAAGAAAUUGACAAGGUCUUGACAGCAAUAGCUGGCGAAACUGCUGCACAACUUCCAGAAGCAGCCAGAAGAGAGAGACUAAAGCAACCUGCUCAGUCUGUUGAAGAUGCAGAGGAAGAAGGUGCUGAUGAUGAGGAAGAACUAGAGGCAAUAAGGGCUCGUCUUGCCAAAGUUAGGUCAUGAAGCAUAGUUCUCAUAUUGACGUCGGAAGGAAGGUCAAGGUCAGUAGUUAUGGUAAUUGAGUGAGAUUUGUGCAGUAACACCUCUUUCUCUCCGAUGAGACGAGGGGUCAAAUUAUGAUGUAAUGAGCUCAUGCUCAUGAAAAUAUGGUUGUCGCUGACGUAAUAUUUUACACUAGCCCACAUAUUCUGCUGAGUUUCAGAUCAGAGGUGUGCUCAGGUGAUGCAAUACGCUAAGUUAAAGAUUAUCAGAUUGUGUAUAUAUAUUGACAUACAUAUAUCCUAGUAUAAAGCCUCAACUAUAUGGCAGUUGUCGUUUUUA